GAACCAGCCAGCAGGCCACACGCAGCAGCUAAACAAAUUACCAAAGCAACAAAACAGCGGACAAACCCAAACUAGUCGCCUAUUAAACGUCAGCUGAAACGCCAUGAAACGGACCUACUUGUUGCUCUGCCUGAGCCUGCUGACCUGCAAUGUGGCAAAUUCCUCGUAUCUGCGUAAUCUGGAGGCACUGAAUCAGCUGAGCAAAUCUUCAACCUCCAGUCUACAGCAACAGCAGCAGCUGCUAGAUCUCAAUGGGAACGUUGAUGGUAACAAUGAGGACGAUGAUGAUGAUGCCACGACAAUUACACCCAGCUCCAGCGAGGAUUAUGACACACGUCCGCAGUACAGUUUCGCCUACGAUGUGCGCGACACGUUGACCGGCGAUGACAAACGGCAGGAGGAGAAGCGAGAUGGAGAUCUGGUCAAGGGACAGUAUUCGCUCAUCGAACCCGAUGGCACGCGACGCAUUGUGGAGUACACGGCCGAUGACGCUAGCGGCUUCAAUGCCAUCGUCUCGAAUCAGCGUGUGGAUGAGCAGCAGCAGCGAAUCAGCAGCUCGUCGUCGUCAUCCUCGCGUUACAGCAGCAUCGAGGAGCUGCAGUCCCGCCUGACCGCCCAAGCGAUAGCCGAGGCACAGAAUCUGGCAGAGGCACAGCAGGCCAGCCAACUGCAGCUGGAGGCACAGAGUCGUCGCGAGUCCGAGAGCCAGGCGCGUGUUCAGGCACAGCAACUGAUGGAGCAGUUCCAGCAGCAGGUACAGCAAACGGCACAACUCCGACAGCAGCAGGAACAGCAGCGACUGCAACAGGAGCAACAACUGCGCGAUCUUCAGCGCCUGCAGGAGCAGCGAGAACGCGAGCAGCGAGAACAGGAGCAGCGAGAGCGAGAGCAACGGGAACGGGACUUGAGGGAACGUGAGCUCAGGGAUCGUGAGCAGCGUGAGCGUGACCAGGAGCGUCGUCAGCAGCAGGAGCGUCGUCAGAGCCAGCGACUACUCGAGCGUCUCAGCAGCGAUCAGCAGACGCUGCUUCUAACCCAGAGCCUGCCCAGUGCCAGCCAACUGCUCGGCCAGAGUGUCCAGGCCACCGUCGUGUCGCAUCCACCCACACUGCUCUCCCGACUGCCUUCCUCAUCGUCGUCCACAUCCUCUUCGUCCCGCACCACUUUGCUGACCCGUGAUCGCGAUUUGGAUGCCUGGCGACAGUUGCCCAGCGCACGCCUCACCAUCGAACGCACGUCGCAGCCUCAGCUGAUACUCGCCCAACCCGCCAGUGCCUCUGUGCAGGCUCAGUUGAUCAGCGGAUCGCCCCUGCUGCUGGACUCGAAUCUCAAUGGAUUGCUCACCACGCGCAUCAAUGGGCAUGGAUCUCGUACUGGUUUGAGUUGGUCCAGUGGUCGCCGUUUGCUGAACAAUGAUCUCUGGCAGCUGGAUAGACUGGAUGAGGACAGUCGCCGGGAGGAGAACCGCAGAGAAGAAAACCGACGAGAGGAGAACCGACGAGAGGAGAACCGACGAGAGGAGAACCGACGAGAGGACACUCGUAGAGAGGAUCUAUUGCUGCGUCGUGAAAGCGAGGAACUGCGCUCUGGCAGCGCCGAACGCCUCAGCAACAGCCGCAACAAGGCCUGGUAGAGGCAAUCCAUCCACACA